UUUCAAUUGAAAUUGUGUUUUUACGUGGACGUAUUAUUGUAAUUUGUGUAUCAAAUAAUAAAAAUAAACGUUUUAUUAAUUAAUACCGGAUAAGAUCGAACUCUAUCAAGUGACAAUCGCCACGUGUGAUAAUCCUACACCGUGUAUUAACCAAAAAUGUGUAUAAUAAAACUUAGAAGUGACUUACAAAGAUGAUUAUUUUGAUAUUUUGUUUACAAUCGUAUUACGUUUUUUAGAGUGAUGGAAAAUAAUGUUAUGAUAUAAAAUAUAAAUAGAACUGUUCAAAAUGAGAUUCAAUUUACGGAAAUUGAUUUUAGUGGGCGGUAUUUUGGUAGUACUGUGGCUAUUAAUAUCUUAUUCCUCGGUUUUUGUUCAAGUUGAAAAAUCAAAAAAAAGUCCACCGGGAUUAGAGAUGCAGUUAGACAAUUUGCAAAAUAAAAUGAGGGACCAGUUGAGUGAUAGUUAUAAAUUGUUGGAUAGACUUAAAAAUCGCUUGAAGAAAACAGAAGAGAGAAAUAAUGAAGAGAUUGUGAAUGAGCCUUUAAAAUCAGAAAAUGAUAUCAAUAUGCCUCAGGAUGGCAAUAUAGUGCUGCCCAUCCUGGUGAUAGCCUGCGACCGAGUGACUGUGAAAAGGUGUUUGGACAAUUUAGUUAAGUUUAGACCUGACAAAGAUACAUUCCCUAUUAUAGUUAGUCAGGACUGCGGUCACAACGAGACCUACAAAGUGAUCAGAUCGUUCACCGACGCGGACCCCUCCAUCACGGUGGUACAACAACCCGAGCUAGCCGAGAUACCCCUGCCCCGCGCGAAGGUGAAGUUCAAAGGCUACUACAAGAUCGCCCGACACUACCGGUUCGCGCUUAACCACGUGUUGGUGGCUUUGGAGUAUGACGCUGUCAUUAUUGUUGAAGAUGACCUCGAUAUAUCUCCGGAUUUCUUCGAAUAUUUCCUGGGAACCUACCCUCUAUUAUACAAAGAUCCUAGCAUAUGGUGCAUAUCAGCGUGGAAUGACAACGGCAAGAAGGAGCUGAUAGACCAGUCGCGGCCGGAGCUGCUGCACCGCACGGACUUCUUCCCCGGCCUCGGCUGGCUGCUGAAGAGGGACACCUGGCUGCAGCUGGAGUCCAAGUGGCCUGAAGCAUUUUUCGACGACUGGCUGCGUGAUCCCCAAAAUACGCAAGGCAGAGCUUGCAUCAGACCUGAGAUAUCCAGGACGUAUAGCUUUGGAAAGAUAGGCGUAAGCAAAGGGCUGUUCUUUGACAUGCAUCUGAGGUACAUGCAGCUCAACAUGGAGUAUGUCGGCUUCACUAAACUCGACCUCACUUACCUGCUUAAGGAAAACUACGACAGUUCACUCACGUUGCUGGUGGAGAGUUUGCCCGAGAUGUCGCCCGAGGACGUGAUGGCGGGCGCGGGCACCGAGCUCGCGGUGCGCGUCUCCUACUCCUCAGCCAAGACCUACCGCAGGGCGGCCAAGAAACUUGGACUUAUGGAUGACUUUAGGAGUGGCAUACCUCGGACGGCGUACCGCGGUAUAGUGACGUGUUACAUAAGAAAUAAACGGGUCUACCUCGCGCCCAGCUACGAGUGGACCAAAUACGACCCAAGUUGGGGCUAAAUAUGACCCCUCACCAAUACCUCUGUUAUAUGUUGGACAAAUAUACCAUGGUCUUGUGAUAUAUUGGGCUGAUGUACCAAAUACGACCCAAGUUGGGGCUAAAUGUGACCCUUACAAUACCUCUGUUAUAUGUUGGACAAAUAUACCAUGGUUUUAUGAUAUAUUGUUCUGAUGUACCAAAUAUGCCCCAACUUGGGGCUAAAUGUGACCCUUACAAUACCUCUGUUAUACGUUGGACAAAUAUACCAUGAUCUUGUGAUAUAUUGGGCUGAUGUACCAAAUACGACCCAAGUUGGGGCUAAAUGUGACCCCUUACCAAUACCUCUGUUAUACGUUGGACAAAUAUACAUACCAUGGUCUUGUGAUAUAUUGGGCUGAUGUACCAAAUACGACCCAACUUGGGGCUAAAUGUGACCCUUACAAUACCUCUGUUAUAUGUUGGACAAAUAUACCAUGAUCUUGUGAUAUAUUAUGUUGAUGUACCAAAUACGACCCAAGUUGGGGCUAAAUGUGACCCUUACAAUAUCUCUGUUAUACAUUGGACAAAUAUACCAUGAUCUUGUGAUAUAUUAUGUUGAUGUACCAAAUACGACCCAAGUUGGGGCUAAAUGUGACCCCUUACAAUACCUCGUGUUAUAUGUUGGGCAAAUACAGUGACUUGUGAUAUAUUGGGCCGAUACAACUCAACUCUCGAUUGUCGAAUCUUAGACCACAAAAUAAAGAAUGAUACAGAAUGAGUCUUUACAAGCAGCGUGUUGAACCGGUGAAACCCAUAAAAAACGUCACGCGUCUUCUUGACAUCCGCAUACACAAACAUUUUUCAUAAGUAAUUUGUUCAAGACUAACAACAAUUACGUAAAUUAUAAUCAUAACAUAAUAGACGAAUAAUUCAAUAAUUACGUAUAAAAAUACUCUAUCUUAAUUUUUUUGUUUUUGUGAAAACUUUUUAAAAUAAUUGAAAACAUAAGACGCCAUUUUUCAUGAAAAUUAUUGAAAAAUACUGAUGCGACGCUUCGUGUCGUACUGACUCGAGAAUGUAUUCGUUUUUGUUGAAUUUGUAUUUGGAAUGGCUGCAUCACUGCCGUGUUCCGUACGCUCUAUCUGCCUAUUAUUCUUUAAUCAGUGUCUUAAACCAACAAAUAACGCAUUAGUUGUGUGUUGGGCCCAAUACACCAUGCAUUUGUUAUUCGUUGGGCCAAUAUAUCAUGAGGUUGUUACAUGUUGAGCCAAUAUACCACAAGCUUGUUAUAUUGAUAUUAGUCCAAACCACACAUUAAUUAUAUGUUGGGCCAAUACAUCAUGUAUUUGUAAUAUGAUGGCCCAAUACAUCACUCACUUGUAGGAUUACCAAACGUACCAAACGUACUAUAAUAUAUAGUAUUGUACUAUAUUUCGGGUAUGCGUACUAUAUACUACUGAAGAAAUAUAUAGUACGCAAAAAUACUAUUUUCAACAUUAUCAUCGAAUCCAAACAUGUGUAUCUUAUCGAAUUUCGAACUUAAAAUUACGAUUAAAUUAAUAAUUAGCUUGAAAAACGUGAAAAAGCAUAUAAUAUCUCUUAUUUACUCAAGAUAAAAAUUAUUGAAAAAUACAGUACCUGUGUACAGUACGUGUUUUAUCGCUUAAAUUUCAUAAAAUAGUAUAUUUUCAUUUUUAUGGCUAAACCUGAAAAGUACAUUUUUCUCAGAAAAUAUUGGCAACCCUACUCGUGAUAUUUAAGGCCAAUACAACAAUCUUAUAUGUUGGGCCAAUAAAUUGGUAUGUGAUAUGUUGGGCCAACACCAAUCUCUCGUUGAAAAAUGUUGGACCAACGCAUUGGUCGAAUUUAUUGAAUAAUAUAAUGUGAGUUAACUUUUGUUAUCAUCAAUAAGUUAACGCUUAACUCUCUCACCUGACGUUAAGUGACAAUACAAGAGAAAUCUAAGAUGUUUCUUUGAUGUUUUACCUGACUAGUUUAUUUGUCGUACCGGAACGCUAAAUCGCUGAGCGGUACGUAUUUGAAGGUAAAGUGGACCAAUAUCUGAAAAUUCUAAAAUGACCCUGGGAAUUGAACUUAGGACUUUUAUUGGAUGCAAAGAUAUACACGACGCCAGAGGUCGUAAAAGACUUUUUAUUUUUUUAAAACAUCCCAACUCAUAAUUGUAGAGGGUAACUCUCAGUAUAUACCGAACCGAUUUUGAAGAUUCUUUUACCAAUAAAAAACCACGUUAUUUGCGAGUGUCAUAGGCUAUAUUUUAUUCCUGCACUCCAACGAGAACAGGAACUACGCGGGUGAAACCACGGAGCGACGGCUAGUGUUCAAAUAAAAUGACUACUAAAUCUAUGCCAUAAUAUACUCAUGUUGAUUGUAUUAUGUAAAAUUGACAAAGAUUUUAUUAAAAUCGGGUCAACUACAUUUAAGAUACCGAUUAAUUCCUCAAUGUUGAAAUUGCAUUCCUAUUGCAUUGUUAUUUUUGUAUCUAAUAAUUUAAAUAUUUAUAAUUUAAAUUAUUUUCAAUGUUUACCUGCACUUAGAGGAAAUAUUUCAAAACUAGGUAAUAUAAUUUUUAAAUGCUAGAAAACCGUAGACAGAGAAGUAAAUAGACAGAUAGAAAGCAUUCCUCAAAGUCCCUCAAAAUAAAAAAAUAAAAUAAUUAUGAAAUGAAAUGAAAUGAAAAUAUACUUUAUUGUACACCACACAGAAACAUACGAUACAGAAAAAUAAUUAUAUUUAUAAAUUAUAUUGACUAUGAUUAUAUGUUUGACUUAACACUUGACUUGACAGUUACAAAUGAUACGCAAUCAAUUGGGAUGAUGACUAGGUUUGAAUAUAAUGAUUUUUAUGAGAGAUUCAGGUAAUUAUAGCCAAUUUAACAACUAAAAUUGUCAGGAUGUUUAUUUAUUAGUAAGAUAAGAUUAUAAAAUUUCAAUAUCAAUCAAUCUUUUAACGUAAUUAGAUGACGAAUCAUACAUUAUUAUGUUCCUUACCUUCAAUGUGACAUUUUUCAUUAUUUUAAGUAUAAACAUAUAACUCUCAACUCACAAAUAAAAAUAUUUGUAAUUUUGUUUGAACGCCCAUACAAAUUAACGAUUUCACGUAUCGAUGACGUCAUUCAUUUGUGCUGUUUAUUAUGGGUAGUUUAUAUACAAUCCGUGGUUGUGCCGCAAAUAUGACCCUCGGAAUCUCUGUAGCUCCGAAAAUAAUGAUCGCAGAAACCCUGUUACUUCUACAAAAUUGCUUUACUAUUAGCAUACUCUUGAUUUUUAUGACAUUAAAAAAAUUGUCAUCAUUCUUAUUUCUAUUGCCUAUUUCUCUGUCUACGUUAGGAAUCUUAGAACUAUAAAUAAUUAAACGUCAAGACGCAUUGUUAAUUUAUGUUCUAAAAAAAUUAUUAAUAUAAAAUAACCUUAUUGUAAUAAAUAUACAAUUAUUAAUAUACACACAGCGAGGAUUAGAAAAACCUCGAAUAUAAAGCUGUCCAAUUCAGACAUUUCUAUUAAUGUCGUUUUUUGUUCUAAAGAAAAUAAAAAAAAUAUUUUACGUUUCUACGAGUAUUUUCUGCGAUUUUUUUAACAAAAUACCUUUCAUACUAUUUGACGAUAUCGAAUUUCAAAGUUUUUGCAACUGGAUAUUGUCAAGGUAUUCUUAAUAUCUAAUGGUGACUAUCUUAAUGGUGACUAUUCUAUAUUAAUUAAAAAAUAUUAAAUAAAAUGCGGCAAAAUUGACGCACGAUUUAUUAAAAUGCUGUCAAAUGUCAAAAUACUGUAAAUUCCUAUUUUUAACUUGCUCAAAAAAAAAAUUUUAUACAAGUCCUUUGUAUUUUUAUUUUAAGCAUUAUAAGCAUUUUUAUAACUUUUUCAAAAUGUUGUAAAUUUUGUAAUUGUGAAAAUACGUUAACUUGUGACCAACCACCCCAGAUAUUUUUGUGUGAAAUUUUCACUUCAAAAUCAUAAGUUAGUAAAAAUUAAGCAAAAUUAACCUAAGUAACUUUAUUACAUUCUUAAGUAGAUGCCUAUAAUUUUUCAUUUUUACUAACACUGUUAUAGCAGUUUAAAUUUAUAGUAGGUAUGUUUUGGUGUUAUAAUAUUUCUUUUAAUAAAUCUAUGUGCUUAAUUCUUAAAUUGAACCAUAUAAAUUACACAGUCUAUACACAAUUUAUGUAAUUUUAACGGACUUCCAAAAAGGAGAGAGAUCAUUUUUCGACUGUACCUACCUACUACCUACCUGUAAUUUUUUUUUAAAGGAUGAAGUACACUCAGCCAAACAAAUCCUCCUUUUGAGAGACAGUUAAAAUAAUUCCGCUCAUUUUAACAAUUUUAAACAUUUUCACUAAUAAAGACAAUUUAGAUGAUUUUUUACUUUAUCAAUUGAACUAAAAUUAAAAUUAUAAAUACCGCCUCGCAAAUCUGAAUUCUUGGUUAUUCUUGGUUUUCAAAAAAUCUAAUAUUUUUUUUCCUGUAUAAUAUUUUUUUUUUUAAAUCCUUUUUUGUUAGAUAUAGGAGUUUUAUUUAUAUUUUCUCAUUAUUUUGUUUGUUAUGUUUUUUAUUCUUAUUGUAAUAUUGAUUUUCUACUUAGGGAUGAGUGUGACUAAGUGAGACAAGUAGGCCUACAAAUUACGGUGCGCUACAACAUAAAAUCCGUAAAGAGAAAAAGACAGUCGACCAAUAGCGGCCGAAUCGGAAAUGUCAAUAUCGUCAAGAGAGCUGUGGCAUGUAAUAUAGCGAAGUGCCCAUUGAUCUCCUAUUAAAAAGUAGAUGCACAAUCAGCGACCAAAAAAAGUCCUCACUCAAUGAGUGUCAAACACAACUUCUUGGCACUCAAUUCAAGUAGUCGCAUUUGCAAAUUCAACCUUAAACUCAAUCCUUACGAUUAAAAUUGUUCUGAAUUUGAAAUUUUAUUGAAUAUUGGACUAUAUUUAAAGGCAUUUAGGUAUAGUUUUCUUUAAUUGGCCAGUUUUUUUUUUAGUGAAAUCUUCUACAUGAUUGUGCGUCUUUUUAUUUUAAGAGGUAUGGUAGUGCCACAUACUUAUCUAACCCUUUCUAACUCGGUGGCCAAAGUUGGAACUAACACAAAUAGCUUAUAAACAAACUUCACGGCGGUCGCCAUUUUGAAAAACAUUAUCGCGACACCAGCGACACAUUACCAGGCUAUAAAUGUUUGUAGCACUAUAUUAAUUUAUAUGUAAAGGUAAAUGUAAAUUGGAAAGUAAAACGAAAAAAAAAAUACUUGGUGAAUAAACUUUCUGACAUUCUAGUUGUAUCUCGUGUCUUUGGCUUUACCUUAGGUAGAGUUUGGCUAAUGAAAGUAGAGACUGAAAUCGCGCGGCAAAUUCAAAAAAAUAUCUUCUAAUCUUUAUUAAAAAAAACUUAUAUGCGUGAAAAUAUUACUAGGGACAUAUUGAAAAAAAUAAAAUUUCAAUUAUCAAACUUGAGUUCUUUAAAUAUUUGCACUAUUGUUUUGGGAACGCCCUAAAUUUUGUUUUAAAUUUACCGGUCGAUUUCAGUAUCUACUUUCAUCAGCCAAACUCUAGCGUGCAUUGUAUGUAUGCUCAGACCAAUUAGCAUAAGACCUGCCUCGCUAGACGUUACCCCUUUGUCAAAAUUAUAUGAUCACGAUCUAACGUGUCUACAAACUGUGUCUAUAGAACCGAUGAUUCAUUGUGUUAAAAUUACAUUUGUUUUAUAUUACAAUUUAAAUUUAUAGUUGUGGGUAGUGUAAGGACACAAAAUAUAUCGAUGUGUGAAUUUAACUCGUGCCCUUCAAAAAAUUACUAACGAUUUUGUUGGUGAAUUUGAAUGCGGUACAAGUCCAAAGGUAAUUGGUCUGAGUAUGUAAGCAUUACAUAUAUAAUACGUGACUGGCUAUUUAUGUAAUUAGGUGGUAAUAGCAUGAAUUUGCAAAUGCCAGACUGUUUUGUGAAUUUGUAUGUUGUAAAUAGAUUAUUGUUAAUAUUGUGUAAAAAUAUAGUAAAGAUAACCUUGU